UUUUUUAUUACACGGGUCUGGUACUCGUGGAAAGAGUACCGCCACUGCUGCUGUAGAAGCAUAUAUUUAUUUUUGGCGUGUGACAUUAGAGCUGAACCUUUGCGAUGGCAGCAGCCCCACGAAAACACGACUAGACCGGAGUGAGUGGACGUUUGUCGGUGCCAUUCUGCGCUUUCCGGAAACCGUGAAUGUAAUAACGGAUAACCUUCAGAAGAGAGGCUGACCGACACACUUGUUCUGAGCUGUAACAGAAGAGCACUUGUCUGGUCCUGGUGGUGAACCAGUAUCACACCAUCAUGACCAAAGAGGAGGAGAUCCCAGACUGGGUGGGAGCUCAGGAGUUUUAUGACAAAUAUGAGCCAAAGGAGAUCCUCGGAAGGGGAGUGAGCAGUGUUGUCCGUCGCUGUGUCAACAAACGGACAACUCAGGACUACGCUGUGAAGAUCAUUGACAUCACCCCAUCAGACAAAAUGACACCACAAGAGAUUGUGGAGAUCAGAGAGGCAACAAUAAAGGAGAUCGACAUCCUUAAGAAAGUCUAUGGACAGAACAACAUCAUUCAACUCAAAGACUGUUAUGAAUCCAACGCCUUUUUCUUCCUGGUUUUUGACCUCAUGAGGAAGGGUGAACUUUUUGACUACCUCACAGAGAAAGUCACGCUGAGUGAAAAAGAAACCAGGAAGAUUAUGCGUUCUCUGCUUGAGGUGGUCCAGUUUCUACACAACCAGAACAUCGUCCACAGGGACCUGAAGCCUGAAAACAUCCUUCUGGACGAUGAAAUGAACAUAAAACUCACUGACUUUGGCUUUGCUGUGCAGGUCCAACCUGGACAGUCACUUAAAGAAGUGUGUGGGACUCCUGGGUAUCUGGCUCCUGAGAUCAUUGAAUGCUCCAUGGACCCAGGACAUCAAGGAUACGGUACUGCUGUGGACAUAUGGAGCUCAGGUGUUAUCAUGUACACGCUGCUCGCUGGUUCUCCGCCAUUCUGGCACAGGAAACAGAUGCUGAUGCUGCGUAUGAUCUUGGCAGGGAAAUAUGACUUUUCAUCCCCAGAGUGGGAAGACCGCUCAGACACUGUCAAAGAUUUGAUCUCUCGGAUGCUGGUGGUGGACCCAAAACAGCGUUACACAGCUACUGAUGUCCUAAACCACCCGUUCUUCUCACAGUACGUGGUGGAUGAAGUGCGACAGUUCAGUCCAUACAGGAGGUUCAAGGUCAUUUGCAUGACUGUCCUCGCCACAAUGCGCAUCUACUGUAACUACCGCCGUGCCAAGCCUGUCACCAAGGAGGUGAUCAAGAGCGACCCAUAUGCUGUGAAGCCGAUCCGCAAACUCAUUGAUGCCUGUGCAUUUAAGAUCUACGGUCACUGGGUCAAGAAGGGACAAACUCAGAACAGAGCAGCACUUUUUGAGAACACUCCCAAAGCCAUUCUCCUGUCACUAACUGCCGAGGGAGACGAGCCAAUGCACAAUAUCUGCUAAAAAACAAAAAACACUUGUUCCUCAGGACAGACCCACUGGAACUCACACCUGGAUACAUUUCUACUGUGUGAGGGUUUUCAUACCACUCUCCUCCUGGUUUACAUAUAACCAGCAUCUAUCAAAUGAAGCUCAUUUGUCCUUAAUAUAACAAGUACUAUUUUCAGCACUUCAUGUAUUUAAAAAAAACCACUGGUUACUACAGUAACAUAGUUUUACCUCAAGAGCAGCUGUGUACAUAUGACUAAGAAAAGCAGUUCACUGUUUAAAUUUGUUCUUAGGAAGAUAUUUAAUUUUACAUGACCUACUCUUAACUAAAUGUCCUCUAGCUACGGACAGCUUGUUUGUAUAGAAAAUCUGGAUCCAGCAGCUUCUGAGACAACUGUUUCCUUUAUGAUGCAGAACUUGAAACAAGUUUAAAUUUUAUUCUUAAAAAGAAUACUGAUCAACAUUCAAACGAAAUAUUCAAGAUCAGUUCAUUAUUUGCUUUUAUUAAUGAUACCCUGGAGUAAGGUUAUUUUCAUUUGUUUCAUUUAUAGGGGAAAAAAAACUACUGUAGAAUAGGAGAAUGAAACAAGGAAGAUGCAUACUUGAAACAGCAUGUAGUUUUAUGUAGUUCUUUCAGUAUCCAGGAUGUACCACUAGUGUCACUACUACAAGGUUUUAAAAAUCACACUUUGAAAUAUAUGUCAUGGAUUUAUUUAUUAAAACUUGCAUUUAAUUUAAAAUUAAAAUCUUGUUAUUGGAAAAAUGAA